GACAGAGUCCAGAAGAUGCUGGUCCAAACUGGUCCAGGUUGUCUUCAGGUGUUAGAUCUUCACCUCCUCUGGUCAGGUGAUCCUUCGUGGCUUCAUGGUUAAUUUUAAACACUCUCCCACCCCCCGAUGGGGGAGGAGCAAAGCAGAGAGGAGGCUGAGGGGGUCAGAGGAGGAACCCCGUUUGUGUCUCAGUACGCUGGAGUCCUCAUGGGGAACCGAGGGUCACAGGAGCAGCAGCCCUCUGAGGGGACCUACUACCCUGCACAGCCUCCUUUCCCCCCCUCUGUGCAGGCAGCACCCGUCAUCAUGAAUCCGGCCCCCCAGCAGCAGCAGGCUCCGCCUCAGCCCCCUCAGCAGGUCCCCACCAAGCGGGAACGCAAACAGAUCAGAAUCAGAGAUCCUAACCGAGGAGGCCAGGACAUCACGGAGGAGAUCAUGUCAGGGGGCCGCAGCGGCUCCACCCCGACGCCCCCACAGACGUCUGGACCAGAGAGCCCGGCGCCGCCUCAGGCCAACGGUGAGAACAUCUCAGCAUCAGCAGCCCUGGGGGGACUAGAUGGAGCAGAUGACGGCGGGAAGCUAACGCCGCUCUCUCUGACCCCUGAGCUCGCCAAGGUGGACACCCCCCUGACGGAGGCCCCUUCCUCUGCCCCCCCUCCACUCUCACACACCUCUAACCCAGCCCCCAGUGAUGUGAUGGAUGCCCUGCCCCCUCAGAGAGGCCCCUCCCCCCCAGUAGCUCCUGAGGUUCCUGCCUACCCUGCACCACUGCCUGAGCCGGCCCCCCCCAGCAGCUGUGCAGCAGAGGGGGAGGAGCCAGAGGAAGGCGUGGUGUCCGUGGAGCUGUCCCUCAGCUCAAACGGCGUGGCAGACCUGGACCCAGAGGGGUCCCCCCCUCAGUCAGAGGACGCCCUAGAAUCUCCCAUCGUUCAGCCCGAGGAGCUCCGUUUACCCAACGGCCUCCAGGCCCCACAGCGCCCCCCUGCAGCCGCCGCAGCCGAGCGCCACGACAGCCCGAUAGCCGAGCCUGAUCUGAGAGAGGAGGCCGGCCCACCUAGCUCACAGCCCGCUAUGGCCACGCCCACUGCCGCUGAGCUGGUACCAUCUGUUGCUACUGAAACCGAUCAGCCGGAGCCACAGGACGGCGUCUCCAAGGACGUCCCUGAGGCUCCGCAGCCUGACGCCAAGGAGGAGACGCCGUCUCCCACAGAGACGGUUUCCUCUACUCCUCCUCCUCCUCAUGUUCCUGCUCCUCCCACAGUGGAGGAGAAGGAUGCUCCCAGUCCUCCUGCCGUCACCCCCUCCCCUGUAGAAUCUACUAUGCAAGCUGCUCUGUCUGUGCCAAAGAAGAAGAGGAAGAUGAAGGACCUGAACAAGAAGGAGGCGGUCGGAGACCUCCUGGAUGCCUUUAAAGAGGAGCAGGUAGCUGCCCGACCCGAGCCUGAGCCGGCGCCUGCCCCCCCCUCAGAGCCAAAGCCCCCUAUUGCAGCCCCCCUGCUCCAGGAGGAGGCCGACCUGACCUGGGAGGACAAAGAGGACAAGCUGGACGCCGAGAACAUUCAGUCUGCUUCUACCGACAAGAAAUACCAGUACAAAGAGGAUCUGUCCAAGCCAAUUAACAGAGAGGAGAAGAAGAAAUACGACAGACAGUUCCUCCUUGAGUUCCAGUUCAGCUCCGCCAGCAUGAACAAGCCUGAAGGUCUGCCGGCCAUCAGCGACGUUGUCCUGGACAAGGCCAACAAGACUCCUCUUCGCCAGUUGGACUCCAGCCGCCUCCCAGGGAUGAACUGUGGCCCUGACUUCACGCCCUCCUUCGCCAACCUUGGCAGGCCUGGAAUGGGGGGAGGAAACCGAGGACCUGUGAGUCACCGGCCCCUGAAUGUGGGCCAUGGUGUGUUUCUCAGUCCUCACCCUGAUGAUGCACUCCGUCUUUCUCUACAGCCCCCUGGAAUGGGCCUUGGGGUGGGCGGGCCCCGACGGUCCCAGCAGGUCCCCAGGAAGGAGCCGAGGAAGAUCAUCACCAGCAUGUCGCUCAACGACGACGUGCAGCUGAACAAGGCGGAGAAGGCUUGGAAACCGUCGGUAAAGAAAACGACUCGGAGCCGAGAGGCCGAGCAGCCGCAGGAGAAUGACCCCGAGCAGAUGAAAACCCAGGAGCUGUUCAAGAGGGUCCGCAGUAUCCUCAACAAACUCACCCCCCAGAAGUUCCAGCAGCUGAUGAAGCAGGUGCAGGAGCUGACCAUCGACACUGAGGAGAGGUUAAAGGGCGUCAUCGACCUCACCUUUGAGAAGGCCAUCUCCGAGCCCGACUUCUCUGUGGCCUACGCCAACAUGUGCCGCUGUCUCUCAGGGCUGAAGGUCUUAAACCCAGAAAAGCCCGGCUCUGAAGUAAAUUUUCGCAAGCUGCUGCUAAACCGGUGCCAGAAGGAGUUUGAGAAGGACAAAGAUGAUGAUGAGAUCUUUGAGAAGAAGCAGAAGGAACUGGAAGCUGCCUCUGGGGAGGAGGUGAAGCAGCGGCUGCGAGAGGAGCUGGAGGAGGCCAAAGACAAAGCCAGGCGGCGCUCCCUGGGCAACAUUAAGUUCAUUGGGGAGCUUUUCAAACUCAAAAUGCUCACUGAGGUGAUCAUGCACGACUGCAUCGUAAAGCUGCUCAAAAACCAUGACGAGGAGUCUCUGGAAUGCCUCUGCAGACUGCUGUCCACCAUCGGCAAGGACCUGGACUUUGAGAAGGCCAAGCCUCGGAUGGACCAGUACUUCAACCAGAUGGAGAAAAUUAUCAAGGAGCGGAAGACCACCUCCAGGAUCCGUUUCAUGCUGCAGGAUGUGCUGGACCUCCGACGGAACAACUGGGUUCCCCGGAGAGGCGACCAGGGCCCCAAGACCAUUGACCAGAUCCACAAGGAGGCGGAGAUGGAGGAGCAUCGAGAGCAGCUGAAGGUCCAGCAGGCCCUCAUCUCCAGGAAGGAGUCCGGAGGCCGAAUGGGAGACAGAGGCCCUGGAGGUCGCGGUGGCCCUCACACCCCGGGGCGCGGCGCCCCCAUCCAGGACGAGGGCUGGAACACCAUCCCCAUUUCCAAGAACCGGCCCAUCGACACGUCCCGCCUCAGUAAAAUCACCAAGACCCCUGUGCUGGACUUCAACAAUCAGCUGCUGGCCCCCGGGGGUAAAGGCACCUGGGGGAGCUGGGGGAAGGGCAGCAGUGGUGGCACCAGUACAAAACCUUCAGAACCUGGGCCCGAGUCCGGAACCCGUCCCACCACCAGCACUCUGAACAGGUUCUCCGCCUUGCAGCAGCCUUCGUCCUCAGCGUUUGACUCGGAGAGGAGAGCUCCUCAGAGGAACAGCUCCAGUCGAGAGCGCGGCGACCGCUUCGACCGAGGCGGCGACCGUUUUGACCGGCGGGACGAUCGCAACCGGGUCCAGGUCACAAAACGUAGCUUCAGUCGCGAGAAGGAGGAACGGAGCCGUGAGAGAGAGCAGCGCGGAACGGCCGACCCGGUUCGCCGGGUGGCCAGCGUGACCGAAGAACGUGAGAGAGGCAUUGCCGAGCGGCCAAGGAGCAAGGAGCAAGCCAAGCAGCAGGCGGUCUCUCCUCCUCCGCCCACACCGGCACUGACGGUGGAGGAGCUGGAGAAGAAGUCAACGGCCAUCAUUGAGGAGUACCUCCACAUCAACGACAUGAAGGAAGCCCUGCAGUGCGUACGGGAGCUACAGAGCCCGGAGCUGCUCUUCGUGUUCGUGCGAAGCGGCCUGGAGUCGACGCUAGAGCGCAGCACCAUUGCCAGGGAGCACAUGGGCCAACUGCUGCACCAGCUCAUCAGAACCGGCAUCCUGCCGACCCAGCAGUACUUUAAAGGGUUCCAGGAGAUCCUGGAGGUGGCAGAGGACAUGGCCAUAGACAUCCCCCACAUCUUCCUGUAUCUGGCAGAGCUGAUCGCCCCCAUGCUGCAUGAUGGCGGCAUCCCCAUGGGACCGCUGUUCAGGGAGAUCUCCAAGCCUCUGAUCCCUCUGGGCAAAGCUGGAGUCCUGAUAGCCCACAUCCUCACUCUGCUGUGCAAAGAAAUGAGCCAUAAAAAGGCUGGCACCAUGUGGAGAGAGGCGGGGCUUAGCUGGACAGACUUCCUUCCUGAAGACGUGGACUUCAACAAGUUUGUGACGGAAAAGAACGUUGAGUUCACUCUGGGCGAAGGGUCAGAGAAGAGCAGGAAGGAGAUGAGUCCUGCAGAGCUGAGCAAGCAGCUGGUCAGGCUUCUUCAGGACCAGGCAGACAACGAGAGGAUUUUUGACUGGAUCGAGGCCAACCUGGACGAGCAACAGAUGUCGUCUAACGCGUUUAUCCGAACCCUGAUGACCUGCGUCUGUCAGUCGGCCAUAAUCUGUGAGACCCCGUACAAGGUAGACGGUGAGGUGAUCAAGCAGAGGGCCAAGCUGCUGCAGAGGUACCUGAAGGACGAGCAGAAGGAGCUCCAGGCUCUGUACGGCCUGCAGGCCCUGAUGGUGCAGAUGGAGCAGCCUGCCAAUCUGCUGCGGAUGUUCUUCGACACGCUUUAUGACGAGGACGUGAUCAAAGAGGAGGCCUUCUACAAGUGGGAGUCCAGCAAAGACCCCGCCGAGCAGCAGGGAAAGGGCGUGGCCCUCAAGUCCGUCACUGCUUUCUUCACGUGGCUCCGCGAAGCAGAGGAGGAAUCCGACAACAGCUAGGAGAACCUGGAGGAACCUGAAGCCUGGCGUGGAGGCUGGGAAGGAGAGCCUGAACCUGGAAGCUCCUUCAAAUGGGACAGAUUGUAUUUUGGAUUCAAACUUUCAGAUGUUUUCUUGGUUCCUUUUGUUUUUUUGUGGUUUCUAGUUUUCACCCUUGGCAGCAGAAUGUCUGAUGAGAACUACAGGAUUAGAGAAGCUAAGAUGGAGAUGCUGCUGCUGCGAAGUUUGUUUGCGUUUGCUCAGCGCAGCGACACUAAAGGCGCCAUCCAGCGCUGCCACGUCUAUUUUUAAUGAUGGCUGAGCUGCAUGAUGAGCUUCUUUAAAAGAGGAGCAGCUGAGUUUCUGACUGGAAAAACUUUUAUAAGAAAAUAAUAAAACUACAAAGAGGAACACCGAGGGCGUUUUUCCGUUUCAGACACGGCUGUGACCUUUGGCCUCUGAAGGAUGACGCCGCCGCCGCCGCGUCGCCCUGAAGCAAAGUGGACUGUAAACCUUCAGCGUUGGUUUUAAAAAGAAACAUGUAUUUUAAAACCAAGUUUAGCUGCAGAUCCUUCAGUGGAUCUAAGGGAGAGUCGUGUAAAUAGCAGAUGGAGCCUCACUUCUCCUGUAUUUAUAGUUUCUCUCCUCAGAAGGUGCACCCAUUGAUUACAGUUUAAUUGAAAAUGUGUAAAUACUUUUGCUUUACUUUA